AUGGGGGAGGGGGUGAAGGAGAUGCUGGCUCCGCCGAUCCAGCUGGCCGACGAGGUCGCCAAGCAGUGCGCUGCCGCGCGGAGCUUCCGCUUCGAGUGCGCCGACCUCAAGGCCCGCGCCGACAAGCUGGCGGCGCUGCUGCGGCAGGCGGCGCGGGCGCCGGAACUCUACGACCGCCCCGCUGCCCGCAUCUUGACCGGGGCCACCCAGGCGCUGUCCAGAGCCUCCGCCCUCGCCGCCCGCUGCGCUCGGGGCCACCCGCGCCUGCGCAGCCUCUUCACGCUCAGCCCCGCCGCCGGGUUCCCCCGGGCCCUGGCGGCGCUCGACACGGCGCUCGAGGACGUCGCGUGGCUGCUCCGCAUCUCCUCGCCUGGCGCCACCGGCGACGGGGACGACGACUCGCUCCUCGGCCUCCCCAACAUCGCGCAGAACGAGCCCAUCCUCUUCUUCAUCUGGGACCAUGUUGCGCGCCUGCACACGGGCUCACCGGCCGCCCGCGCUGACUCGGCGGUCAACCUCGCCUCGCUCGCCCGCGACAACCAGCACUUCGCCAAGCUCAUCAUCGAGGAGGACGGCGUGCCGCCGCUGCUCAAGCUGCUCAAGGACGGCACCGACGAGGGCCAGGAGGCCGCCGCACGCGCCCUGGGCCUCCUGGGCUGUGACGCCGAGAGCGUCGACAAGCUCGUGCAGGCCGGGGUUUGCUCCUCCUUCGCCACCGCGCUCAAGGAGCCGCCCAUGCGCGUGCAGGCUGCUGUGGCGGAGGCCAUCGCGUCCCUGGCUGACCGGAGCUCCACCUGCCAGGACCUUUUCGCGCAGAACAAUGCCGUCCGGUACCUUGUUGGACACCUCGCUUCCGGGACUAUCCAGGAGCACAGCCGGUACUCCGUCGGCUCCAGCAGCUCCAAGAACAGCGCAGCCGCUGCUGCCACAACACAGCAGCCCAUGAAGUCACUCCACUCGGUGGUGCUUGCCAAGACGCUGAGCAUGCGCCACAGCGGUGACCGCGACAUCUCCAGCGGUGGCGCCGAUGAGCCGCCAAGGAUGUCCAAUGGAACACCAGGAGGCGAUCAAGACACAAAAAGGAACCCCCAAAUGCAGUCGGUGGUACACUCGGCUAUGGCUGCCAAGACAAACACAAAUGGCUCAUUGGUUCCGCCGUUCAGGCCUCAGCUGGGCACCAGUGGCUCCAGUGGCCGUGGUGCUCGUGAGGUGGAGGAUCCUGAAACCAAGGCACAUUUGAAGGCUAUGGCGGCAAAAGCUUUGUGGAAGCUUGCUCAUAACCAUUUGGGUGUGUGCAAGAGCGUUACAGAGUCACGCGCGCUACUGUGCUUUGCUGUGCUCCUUGAGAAGGGUGAUGGCGAUAUGGGCACUAAUGUGCAGUACUUCUCAGCAAUGGCAAUCAUGGAGAUUGCCCGUGUUGCUGAACACAGCCUCGUGCUGCGGCAAUCAGCAUUCAAACCCAGCUCCCCAGCAGCCAAGGCUGUUGUUGAUCAGCUGCUUCGUGUUGUCCGCAGGGGUGAAUACGAUGCAUUGCUUCUCCCAUGCAUCACAGCCCUUGGCUGCCUUUCUCGUACCUUCACUGCAAGUGAGACCAGGAUAGUGGCCCCUCUUGUGCAGCUUCUCGAUGAGCGUGAGCCUCCAGUCAUAAAGGAGGCUGUUGUUGCCCUCACCAAGUUUGCGUGCACUGAGAACCACCUACAUGUGAACCACUGCAAGGCCAUUGUUGAUGAUGGUGGUGCGCGCCACCUUGUCCAGCUUGUCUACCUUGGCGACGACGUGCAGAAUGAGGCGCUGAUACUACUCUGUUACAUUGCAUUGUAUGUGCCUGAGAGCGAGGAACUCGCACAAGCUGGUGUGCUGGCCGUGCUGCUUUGGGCAUCAAAGCAGGCUCACAUGGUGCAGGACACGCGUGUUGAGGCGUUGCUUCCAGAUGCCAAAGCGAGGCUCGAGCUGUUCCAGUCCAGGGCCUCCAGGUGA